ACAAUUUAAAAAAAAAACAAACUAAAUUGGGACGGAGAAUACACACCUAUUAGACUAUAAAAAGAGUAAAUUGUAUAGGCCCAUUGGAUACAAGUACUCCGGUUCCAACCCAAGCCCGCAAAUGAAUACCUAACCGAAAAGGCAGGUCUUUUCUUUUUUCCACUAUAUAAACCCUAAUUUAUCCUGAUCGACAUUCACAAUAGGUUAUAGAUUAAUUCCAAGAUGCAGAACGUGGAAGAGAAAUCACAAUCCCAAGUUCCAACUCUUCCAGACCAUCUCAUAGUGGAAGAUAUCCUCCCAAGAUUACCAGUAAAAUCUCUAAUCCGCUUCAAAUCUGUCUGCAAAUAUUGGCUAUCUACAACUACCACUAAAGAUUUUACUAAAAGACACCUCAAAUUCUCAUCCCCUCAAAUUCUUCUUCAUUCAAGGGAACAAAAUCGUUUCGCUACAUUAUCGUUAGAUGAAUCAUGUGAUAAUGUGAAAGAGUUGGUAAACUUGGAGUAUUCCAACAAUGGUGGUAAAUCUUUUUGUGUAUUGGGUUCUUGUAAUGGCUUAGUUUGCCUUUUUAUCUUCAACGGUAAUAAUCUUCUUGGUCACUUCCGUCUUUGGAACCCGGCUAGCCAUUGUUACCAUGAUAUUGCAGGUCCUAAUGGUUGUUUUCUGAUGGUCAUUGGUGCUGGGUUUGGGUACAUAUCUUCCAUUGAUGAUUAUAGGUUAGCUUAUAUAUUGAUUAAUGAUGAGGAUGAUUUGAUUAACGUCUAUUUAUUUUCUUCAACAACUGGAAAAUGGGAAAAAACAGAUAGUUCAUCAUCUAUUCCAGAAUGUAUUAGAAUUAAUUUUCCAAGUGUGCCUACAUUGAUCAAUGAUACUCUGUACUGGCCUCUGGACCUGAAUGAGGAAAACGCCACAAACUACAUAGUUGGGGUUAAUUUAUUAACUGGGAAGUUAAGUAAAAUUUUAUUGAUGGAUCCGCAUUAUCCAAGGAUACCCUCUUAUUAUUUAUGGUGUUACAGGACCAAAAUAUUUAGUAUGAAAGGGAAGUUAUUGUACUGUACUAGGCCAAAUUAUCGCGAAUCUGAAGUUUGGAUACAAAAGUCAGAUGAAUCUGGUUGGAAGAAAUUAUUCUGUUUCAAACCCAGUUGCAUAAGUUUGCUUUAUUUAACAGAGUCAGGAAAGUUUUUGGUGAUAUCCUCGGCAAAACAGCUUAUGCUACUUACCAAAACUCAGAUGUUUGUAAGGCAAUUCGAUCAAGGAAUUUCUGUUUCUGGUUAUUUUGAUGAAUUUUCAAAAGCAUUGGAAUAUAAGGAGAGCUUGGUUUCACCUGUUUUGACAGCUGCCGGUAUUGGAACAGAACUUUAGGGCAUGGGAUUAUAAUAUGAGUCUGGUUUCGCCUGUUCCGGAAUAGCCAUGUCUAAACCACAAUCGACAGUCACGCUUAGAUUUAAGCUGCUAUUGUUGUUUGUAUUCAAGUCAAUUUUUUUGUGGUGUUAGCACCCGAUUCACCCGUAGGGAUAAUCCGGAUUCGGGGCAAGUUCUGGGUAGAUAGGUUUCCGUUCCCUCUCAAUUGUUGUUGCGAGGAUCGAAACACGAGUUCUUCCUAAUAAGUUCAGCCUCAAUCACCAUUGAAACAACAGGCAAUUGGUCAAUUUUUGAGAUUAUAAGACUGGUUUUAUAUUGAGUUAUUAAGUUAUUGCUUUCUAUUGUACUAAGAAAUGUUAGGAACUUUGCAUC